AUGUCGGCGGGCGACGAUGGGUGGGAGGGGAGUGUUGGUGCAGGGGAUUCCAAGAAGAAGACACUUGGAGACAAUUUGGAGGAGUUCUUCUUUGCGGCUUCCACAUUUGAUGCUGAUGGGCCGGAUGGGGCCAGCGAAUUCCUGGUGACCCUCCUAGAUGCAGACGGAAAUGCCCUGGCUGAGUAUUAUUCUGAUGCCGGCUGCAUCGACGCGCCACUAUACUCCCAGUGCCCCUCGUUGUCACCUGGCAAGUUUGUCAUCAGCUGCCUGAAUUCCGACCACCCCUGCCCCAUGCGGCUGGAGGUCUACAAGACCGGCAGCUGCGGUGAUGAGCCUGCAACCGAUGCCACAAGCACCACCGACGACACGAGCACGGCAAACCGCCCAGAGCCCAACAUCGAUGCUGGCCCUGAAGAGGCGCCGGCUGCCGGCAGUGCCAGUUCAGGCUCCAGCUCCGACCCAAGCAGCUCUGGCGGCGCCUCUGUCCCAGCAGCGGUGACAGCGACGUGCCACCAGCCCAGCGGCGGGGGCGAUGACAUCAUGGACAUUGACCUGGAGUCUGGAAAAUUCGACCAGCAGCAGUUCAUGGAGCUGCUCCAGUGGGACGACAUUAACACAUGGGUCCGGGAGCAUGUCAAGCUGCCUGAUGUCCAGGGCUGCUGGAUGUACAACAACGAGCCGCCGGACGAAAGCGACAACUCGGCCUUUGGCCACGCCAAGGGCGUUGUGAUGUGGAACCAGGACUCGGAUAUCCAGGACCAGGUGCAGCACAUGCAGGCAAGGGUGUACUAUGCGUGGCCCCAGCACACGGCACUUGACUUCCGCAAAAACGCGCAGUCGCCAGCCAACUACCGAGACAUGCAGCUCAGUGCUGGUGUUUCUCACUAUGCCAAGUCCGGCAUGGAUGAGAAAGAUGAUGGCGCUGAUUAUUACAAGUCUCUUGCGGGGCACUACGGCGGCUGCUGGCUGGAAGAGAAUCGCAGAUGCGUCUCCACAAGCACCGUGAUGAACAUCACCCAGCUCACAGUGCCUGGGCGCAGAGCGGACGGCAAGCCCGAUUACUCGCUAGGCAGCGAGCACGCCAAGAUGGCGGUGUGCAAGGAGCAGCACCUGGUGAUGGUGGGUGACUGCAACAACACUAUCCCGCAGCGCAAGCGUGGCGGCGGCGGGAUUGUGUUGCACGACAAGCGCCUGCACCAGAUGAUAACAGACAUGGUGGUUGAAUCUGGCACGCCCUGA